UUACGUCAUUCAGUACGAAAACUUCUAGUUUUAAACGAGCACGUGUUUUGUGAAGUUCAACCGUCAUGUAUUUGUUUGCGACAUUAUUUUUACUCCUAACAACAGUAUUUUUAUACCUUUAUUGGUUUUUUAAGAAAUCUUUCGAAUUUUUCGAUCAAUGCGGUAUUCCGUGGGAUAAAGAUCAUUCGUUUUUCGGUAGCAUGAAAGAUGUACUGUUGAAGCGUAAGACCUUCUUGGACUUAUACCUCGAACGAUACGAGAGGCUUAAAUCGUACAAAUUUGUCGGAAUUUAUAAUCUACAUCAACCUCAGAUUAUGAUAAAUGAUCCGGAUCUAGUCAAGACUAUUUUGGUAAAAGAUUUCGCUCAUUUUCACGAUCGUGGAUUUACUAUUCAUAAAGAAAUCGAACCGUUGGCUAAUAAUUUAGCUAAUUUGCCAGGAGAAGAAUGGAAAAAUUUACGAAUCAAGCUGACCAGCACAUUCACCAGCGGAAAAAUGAAAAUGAUGUUCCCGUUGCUGAAAAAAUGCUCUUACGAUAUGAAUCCAGUUCUGACGAAGUAUUUUUCAGACGAUGAAACUUUCGAUGUGAAAGACUUCUGUGCAAGAUACACGACAGAUGUGAUAGGUACCUGUGCUUUUGGAAUAGACACUCACAGUUUGCAAAAUCCCGAAUCGGAAUUCAGGAAAAUGGGAAGAACUGUGUUUCAGACGAGAUGGAAACCGCUUGUCCGCAUUUUCUUUCCUAGCCUAUCCGCCAAAUACAUAAAACUCUUCGGAUUAUAUUUGUUUCCCCAGGAAAUCAAUGAUUAUUUUAUAAACACCGUCAAAGACAUGGUUAAAUACAGAGAAGAAAAUAACAUCACAAGAGGCGAUUUUCUCGACUUACUUAUCGCCAUGAAAAACCAUAAAGAACUCGAAAAGCUCAAAGACCAACACGAGGACGCAGAUUUGGAGAAAUUUAUGUCUCAAAUAGGCGAAAAAUGCGUUAAAAAUGACGUUGAAAUGACACCAGAAUUAAUAGCAGCUCAAUGUUUCUUAUUCUUCAUCGGAGGAUUCGAAGGUGCGUCAAAUGCGCUAAUGUUUUUGCUAUUCGAACUAACCCAACACCCUGAUAUUCAAAAUAAACUCAGAGAAGAGAUAUUAUCAACGCUCGAAAGUAAUAACGGUGAAAUGACUUAUGAAAUGAUGAGAAAACUGCCAUAUUUAGAAAUGGUCAUCGCAGAAACAUUACGAAAAUAUCCUCUUGGGCCGAUCCUGCUUCGUUUAUGCACCGAAAAUUAUAAAAUACCAGAUUCCGAAGUUGUUAUUAAAAAAGGAACGUCGAUUGUAAUACCUUUAAUGGGUUUCAAUGCGGAUUCGAAAUAUUACGAGAGACCGGAUGAUUUCUAUCCUGAACAUUUCACCAAAGAAGCAAUAUCUAAAAGACCUCAUUACGCUUAUUUGCCGUUUGGCGAAGGUCCUCGAGUUUGUAUUGCAGAACGAUUCGCAAGAAUGCAGAUAAUUGUAGGAGCAGUUCAUUUAUUGAAAGAUUUCGCCUUUGAGUUAUCACCCAAAACAACAUUGCCUUUACAAGUUACACCAUCUGCCGCAGGACUAGCGGUGAAAGGCGGAGUUUGGAUGAAAUGUCGACCAUGGCAAUCUUGAUUUUUUUAUCCUUACGCUUAAUUUUUAUUACUUAUUUCAAUUUUUCAAAAAUAUUCUAAUAAUGUACUCGAUUUUAAAAUUUGUAUUUUCAAGUAUAUACCGUACAACUACCAUCAA